ACCCUAGCUAAAAAAACAGUCCCAUUUAGUCUCUCAUGGAGUAUCCACAAAACGUUCCUCCAUAUAACUACCCUCCUGAAGCAAUCGUCCUACCCGAGAGUACGCUUACCGUUGACGAGCUUUUUGGUUUCGCGGGAAACGGGAAUCCCACCCCUGAAAUUCAGGAAGCAUAUCUGCAACUGCAACCCCCUUCAAUUCUUCAACAGGGUACUGGAAUUGGGAGUUCUAAUAAUCCUUUCGAGCAUGUCAGAAUUUGGACUCAAACGGGGCCUUCCCAGAUUGUUGAACAAUCAAGCAAUGGAAAUCAAACAAACUUUCAAGCUGGAAAUGCAAAUUGUGAGGAUUCUAUACCACCUUCUGUAUGGUCCUCAAACCCCUCUGAUUGUAGCUACUGCCAAGUCCUCACAGAAAUAGUUCAUACAAACGACGCCGAAGUUACAAAUCUUGUAAUACUUCGAAAUCCGGAAGAGAUCUAUCAUGCGAUUAUCACAACUAAAAUAGGGGAGUUACCUGAAUUUCCUGCAGGAUACCGAACCCUGGAGGAAGUGAGUCAAUUUCUGGAUGAAUAUUAUUCGGAGAAAUGGCAAGCAGGAUUCACUGCAACAGUGGAUCCAGUGUCAGACUUAACCGAGGCCUUACGCGUUGCAUUGGGUGAAAAUCAGUGCAGUGACAACUCCAUCCCACCACCUUUGUCGAAUUCAGGGGAACUUCAAGUGAACAACGAAGCAGGAAAUGAUAAUGAGCAACCAAGGGUCCCUCAGACCAAUCUAUCUGAGCAGCGACAAAGAGCUGCAAAUACCUCACUGAAUGACAUAGCAAAAUUUAUUCAUCUUCCAAUUGAGGAGGCAGCGAAGGAGAUCGGGUUAUGCAUUACUACGCUGAGGAGGAUACGCCGAGAAAAGAAACUGGGAAGAUGGCCUUUUAGAAAGAUUAAUAGCGCACAGAAGAAAAUAUCGAGUCUUUUAAGUUCAAAUGAUCCACAGCAACUUGCUCUAGCAGGGAAUGAGAUCAGCAGACUUCUACAAGAAAUUGAGAAUAUUUAUCAAGAAGCAUUAGGUGGUGGUCGUGAUUAAGAGAGUUCCUAAUAGUAUGUUUGGUUUGAGGGAGGCAGAGGGGAGAGGAUAGGUGAAAGUUUUGCAUUGAAGAAAAUUAAUUUCCUUAG